AAAUCAGAGGGUGGACUGUACGUGGAUAUGAAUUCAUUUCUUGCUUUUGGGAAGGAAUUUGUAGGUUGGAACUAUGAGAAGACUGGAAAUACGGUUUAUCUACACAUCAAGGAGACGCAAAAGCCGGUUUCUGAAGAUAGGCCAUCAAAGAAACCCACACUUCUAGCAAUAGGAGUUGAAGGAGGUUUCGAUAACAACGAACCUGAAUAUGAGAAGAACUAUGAGGUAGUCAUCUUGCCGGAUUAUGUCACUCUUCCUUUUCCAUCAGUGGAGUUGCCAGAAAAGGUUAGAUUAGCAGUUGAUGCUGUUAUUAUAAAUGUGGCUGCGGAGAAGAAAGAGCAAGUUGCUGCCUGGACUGCUGAUACAAAAAUCAUUAGUAAACAUGCCAUGGAAUUGAAACAGCUUGACAAUGGUGUCAUUGUUCCUCGUUCCGGGUGGAAGUGUGAGAAGUGUGAUAAGACUGACAAUCUUUGGUUAAAUUUAACCGAUGGAUCAAUCCUCUGUGGCAGAAGAAAUUGGGAUGGUAGUGGAGGUAAUGACCAUGCUGUCAAUCAUUACAAUGUGACCAAGUUUCCUCUGGCUGUGAAGCUAGGAACAAUAACUGCUGAUAUAGAGGCAGCAGUGCUAACUCUCAAUUGUUGUUUUUGCAGUUGUUAUUUGGCUGCAACUAUGCAGGUUAUGUUCUCUACACGUGGGUUUUGUUCUCGAUAUUAUUUGGAUCAGAAUUUGAAGUCUGCGUUUGAUGCUGCUCCAGCUGAUCCAACUGUAGACCUAAAUGCACAACUAACUAAGCUAGCUCAUGGGUUGCUUUCUGGUCAAUAUUCUGUUCCGGCUACAAAGGUAUGCUCGAUGUUAAGGAAACAAGAAGGAAUUCCUCCUCGCAUGUUCAAGUCUGUAAUUGCUGCAAAGCAUCCUGAAUUUUCGACUAUGAGACAACAGGAUGCUCUUGAGUUCUUCCUGCAUCUUAUUGACCAUGUUGAGCGGGUCAACACUGGGAAUCCCAUGUUGGACCCUUCAAGGAGUUUUAAGUUUGGCAUAGAAGAACGAUUGCAGUGCCCCUCAGGAAAAGUUGCAUAUAACCGGAGAUAUGAUUAUAUUCUUUCGCUUAAUAUUCCUCUGCAUAAAGCUACAAACAAAAGGGAAUUAGAUGAUUUUCGGAAGUUGAAAGCUGAAAAAGAUGCAAGAGGAGAAGAACUUACGCCCAAAGAAAUUGUCCGCCCAAGAGUGCCGUUGAUGGAUUGCUUGGAACUUUUUUCUACUCCUGAGGAGUUGCAUGAUUUUUACAGCAGUGCUUUGAAUUCUAAGACAACUGCAAUUAAAACUGCAGGCCUGACAUCAUUUCCUGAUUAUCUGGUAUUGCACAUGAGAAAAUUUGUGUUGGAGGAAGGAUGGGUACCGAAAAAGCUUGAUGUCUAUAUAGAUGUUCCUGAUACCAUAGAUAUUAGUCAUAUGCGCAGCAAAGGUCUUCAACCAUGGGAGGAAUUGUUGCCUGAAUCUGCUCCAGAGGAUUCUGGAAUAAGUGCCAAUGAGGACAUUGUUCAGCAACUUGUCGCAAUGGGAUUUCAGUAUAAUCAUUGCCUAAAGGCUGCUGUCAACACCUCCAAUUCUGGACUGGAAGAAGCAAUGAAUUGGUUACUCAGCCAUAUGAAUGAUCCAGACAUUGACGAACCCAUCAGAAAGGCACAGAAUAGUGCUCCAUACGUCGACCCGUCUAAAGUUGAAACUUUAGUAUCUUUUGGUUUCGAGGAAGAUGUAGCUAGGAAGGCACUACAAGCAUCGGAUGGUGAUAUUGAAAAAGCUACUGAAUGGAUUUUUAACCCACCUUCUGGUAUCUCUAGUAUGGAUGCUACACCUAGUAACAGUGGAAAUGUGGCUGAGGCUCCUUUGCCUGAUGGAGAAGGAAGAUACCGGCUCAUUGGAUUAGUGAGCCACAUUGGCACAUCCACGCACUGUGGGCAUUAUGUUGCACAUAUUUAUAAAGAUGGUAGGUGGGUGAUUUUCAAUGAUGAGAAAGUGGCUCUUUCCAAGAAUCCGCCUCUCGACAUGGGAUAUUUGUACUUCUUUGAGAGGAUUAAUGGCUGA